AUGGAGCUCUUCGAGCAGGCUAACUCAACCAAUGUCAAGCGCUUUUGUAUUACCCAAGGAGUUCCCCGGUCAUCGUUUCAACGCUGGCUCACCCGAAAGGACUUGUACAUGCAAACUACCCGCGGUGGCAAGCACAGAUCACUUGGCGGGCAAGGUCUAACUGAGUCCAUGACCUUUUCACGAGGGCUGGUCACGUUCAUGAAGGUUGUCCGCCGAGACGAACACGUGCUCACUGCGGCGCAAAUUUUGAAUUGGAUGAAGAAGCACCAUCCGCAUUUGCUCGACGUGUAUUCGGCCUCCAAGAAGAACGAUGUGAAUGGCUACAACUCGUUGAUGCGACUCUGCCAGCAAUAUGCCCCCGACAUGGAUUUGACCAGCGCGUUGCAUUUGUGUCCAAGUUGCGUGAAGAACAGUUGCAAGAAAUUCAAGCAACGUUUGCCAAAAUGUUUUGGAACAACUACGGCACCUACAACGACGACGAAAUUCUCAACGUCGACGAAACGGGCGUUUAUUACGACAUGCCGCCGCGGUCUACAUGGGCUCUGA